AUGUCUUCCAGUAUUAGCAAUCAAGAGGAUUUGUCUCCUCUUAGCUAUUUUGGAAUGCCAAAUUUGGAGUCCGAUGAACUUUCUGAAACAGAAAAGAAUGAACAGAUUCUUAGACUUGCACGUCAAAUCACUCAUCAAUCAGAAAUUUCGAAACAGUUAACAAAUAAUUCUAAUGCAAUUAAGCCCAUUUCUACUGAUUUUAACCCUUUUAUUAGCAAAGAAAAUCCGAUUUUGGAUCCUCAUUCGGAGAAAUUUGAUCCUUAUUCUUGGGCUCAACACAUGCUUAAAAUAUAUCAUACUGACCCUGAAAAAUAUCCAAAACUUAAUGCUGGAGUUUCAUUUAAAAACCUCGGGGCAUUUGGCUACACUCAAGAUGACACUUAUCAAUCAACGGUUUACAAUGUUUUCAUUCAAACUGGAAAUUCAUUACUCAAUUUUGUUCGUGGAAGAAAAGGCGAUGAAGUUAAAAUAUUGCAAAAUUUCAAUGGUCUUAUCAAAUCGGGUGAAACAUGUGUUGUACUUGGUCGCCCUGGAGCGGGAUGUUCAACUUUGUUGAAAGCAGUAUCUUGUACCACUUAUGGUUUUAAAAUCACUGAAAAUUCUCUUAUUAAUUAUCAAGGAGUUGCACCUAAAGAAAUUGAAAAAAACUAUCGCGGAGAGGUUGUUUAUAACGCCGAAAAUGAAACCAACUUCCCAUAUCUAACUGUUGGUCAAACGUUAAAAUUUGCAGCCUUAGCACGUACACCAGAAAGUCGCUUGCCUGGUGUCACUAGAGAUCAAUACGCUACCCACAUUCGUGAUGUUGCCAUGACAAUGUUUGGUUUGCUUCAUACAAUGAAUACUCGUGUAGGUGAUGAUUUUGUUCGAGGUGUUUCUGGAGGUGAAAGAAAACGAGUUUCUAUUUCCGAGGUUGUAAUUGCUGGAACAGCCGUACAAGCCUGGGAUAAUGCUACUAGGGGUCUUGAUUCUGCAACUGCUUUAGGAUUUGUUAAGUCACUUAAAAUUGGUGCAGAAUUAGGUGGUGCAGCAGUUUUGGUUUCUUUGUACCAAGCCUCUCAAGAUUCAUAUGAUCUUUUUGAUAAAGUCACAGUUUUAUAUCUUGGCCGUCAAAUUUACUUUGGGCCUGCCUCUAAAGCCCGAAGUUUUUUUGAGAAUAUGGGUUAUGUGUGCAUUAGUCGACAAACAACAAGUGACUUCUUGACAUCUAUUACUUCGCCUUCUGAACGUGUCGUUAAACCCGGAUAUGAGAAUUUGGUUCCUCGCAGCCCUAAAGAGUUUGAAGAGUAUUGGCUCAAAAGUGCUGAAUAUCAAGCUCUUAUAAAAGAAAUUGAUGAGUGGAACGCAGAGCAUCCAAUUGGAGGCGGUGGGACAAAUAAAUUUGUGGCCUAUAAAAAGACUCAAAAAUCCAAGCUAUCUUCUAAAAGAUCCCCCUACUUCAUCUCAUAUCCAAUGCAAAUCAGCAUUUGUGUAACCAGAGGCUUCCAACGUUUGGUUGGUGAUCCGGCAAUGACAUUGACUUCAAUUUUUGGAAAUACUAUCGCAUCAUUGCUUGUGAGCUCUGUCUUUUAUAACCAAUCAUCAUAUACUUCAUCAUUUUAUGGUCGUGGUGCAGCUUUGUUUUUUUCAGUUUUGUUUAACACAUUGUCUUCAGUACUUGAAGUUUUUGCUCUUUACAAACUACGACCUGUUGUUGAAAAACAUAGUCGUUAUGCAUUUUAUCACCCUUCCGCUGAAGCAUUUGCUUCGUUUAUCGUUGAUAUGCCGGGUAAAAUAAUCACUUCUAUCUGUUUUAACGUUAUGCUUUAUUUUAUGGUGAACUUGAAGCGUGAGCCAGGAGCAUUUUUCAUUUAUUUUUUUUUCUCUUUUCUGUCCUCUAUUACUUCGUCGUUCAUGUUUCGAAGUAUUGCAUCCGUUACAAAAAGUGUUCCUCAAGCAUUAACACCUGCUGCACUUUUAAUUUUUGUCCUAGUUGUUACUGCCGGUUUCGUUAUUCCCGUAGUCGACAUGAGACCUUGGAUUCGAUGGAUAAAUUACAUUAACCCGAUGGGGUAUGCCUUUGAAGCGGUUAUGAUUAAUGAAUUCCGAAAUAAAUAUUUUGAAUGUUCUGAUAUUAUUCCUCGGGGGUCUGAAUAUGAAAACACACCUAGCGAAUAUAAAAUUUGUAAUGUUGCUAGUGCAAGUCCUGGUCAGUUUUCAAUCUUUGGUAAUGACUAUUUGGUUAAAAAGUUUAAAUAUAAUACUGGGCACUUAUGGCGUAACCUUGGUAUUCUCUUUGGCUUUUGUGCUUUUUACUUUACUCUUUACAUUUUCUUUACCGAAUUCGUGAAAGGUGCACGAUCCAAAGGUGAAAUCCUUGUUUUUCCACGCGAGGUUAUCAAAAAAAACAAAAGAUCUGAUAUCGAAAAUCAAGAACGAGGCAUUUCUGGAGGUUAUCCAAAUUUGGAGACUAAAACCUCAGUAAAACUUCAAAGACAAGAGGGAAUUUUUCAGUGGGAAAAUGUUUGCUACGACAUUAAAAUCAAAGGUGAACCGCGAAGAAUUUUAGAUCAUGUUGAUGGUUGGGUUAAACCUGGUACACUAACCGCUUUGAUGGGUUCCUCCGGUGCUGGAAAAACCACCUUACUAGAUACUCUUGCUGAUAGAAUCACAAUGGGUGUCGUGACCGGAGAUAUGCUUGUUAAUGGGAACUCGAGAGACGUUUCGUUUCAGCGCAAAACUGGAUAUGUUCAACAACAAGAUGUCCAUUUAAAUACUACAACUGUUCGAGAAGCACUAGAGUUUUCAGCUUUAUUAAGACAACCGGAUCAUAUCCCUAAACAAGAAAAGCUAGCCUACGUUAAUGAAGUUAUCAAAAUAUUGGAAAUGGAAGAGUAUGCCAAUGCAAUCGUUGGAGUUCCUGGAGAAGGUCUUAAUGUUGAACAACGUAAACGUUUGACAAUUGGAGUUGAACUUGCAGCUAAACCACAGCUUCUUCUUUUUCUUGAUGAGCCCACUUCUGGAUUAGAUUCACAAACAGCAUGGUCAAUUGUGGCCCUGAUGAAAAAAUUAACAAAAAAUGGACAGGCAAUAUUAUGUACAAUCCAUCAACCAUCUGCAGUUCUUUUUCAACAGUUCGAUCGACUUUUGUUUUUGAAGCGAGGUGGUCAAACUGUUUAUUAUGGAGAUAUUGGGGAAAAUUCAUCCACUCUCACCGAUUACUUUGUCCGCAACGGUGCAAAGCCUUGUCCCCCCGAAGCAAACCCUGCAGAGUGGAUGCUUGAGGUUAUUGGAGCUGCUCCUGGCUCAUAUUCCAGUAUUGAUUGGUUUGAUGUUUGGCGAAAGUCCUCAGAGUUUCAAGCAAUGAAAAAUGAACUACAUGAUCUUAGAGAACAGUCAAAAAUGUAUCUUACUUCUGAAGAUAAUCAUGAAGUUGUUCAAGCAUAUGCAAUUCCAAUUUGGAAACAAUGUAUAAUUGUUUCUAAACGUUCGUUGUGGAAUACCUGGAGAAACCCACAGUAUAUUUUAGCGAAAAUCGCCCUCUGUGUUACCGUUCCGUUCUUUUUAGGAAUUAAUUUUUGGAAAGCAAAAAAUACACUCCAAGGGAUGCAAGAUCAAAUGUUUUCUGUUUUUAUGAUGACUGUCUUAUUUCAACCACUAUCUCAGCAAAUUAUGACACCUUUUACGCUUCAGCGUAAACUAUAUGAAACUCGUGAACGCCCUUCAAAAACAUAUAGCUGGGUCACAUUUAUGACCUCUAUGUUUGCAGCUGAAAUUCCAUGGCAAACAAUGUGCGGUGUUGUAGGAUUUUUCACUUUUUAUUAUCCAACUGGUUUUUAUCGAAAUGCAGAACCCACGGAUCAGGUUCAUAUGCGCGGGGCUUUGUUCUUCUUGAUUUUACUGUUUUAUUAUUACUAUAUUCUUACCUGCUCAUAUAUGGCGGUAGCUGCCUUGUCAGAAGAAACUGCCUCAAAUAUAUGCAAUAUUGUUUUUAACAUAGUACUGGCUAUGUCUGGUGUUCUUGUUGCCAAAAAUAAUCUUCCAGGGUUUUGGAUAUUUAUGUAUAGGUGCUCACCGUGGACUUAUACAAUUUCUGGUAUGUUAUCAGCUGGUAUUGCACAUGCCCCAGUCAAAUGUGCUGAUAAAGAAUUACUUAUAUACGCAACAACUCCUGGUUUAAAUAUGACAUGUGGUGAAUUCCUUGGGCCUUAUGCAAGCGCUAACGGCGGUAGUGUGUACAAUCCAAAUUCGUUUACUAACUGUCAAUAUUGUACAAUGACAACUACUGAUGAUUACCUAGCUACCAUUUUUUCACCGCUUGAUCAAGCCUGGAGAAACUAUGGAGUUUUGGUUUCCUUUGUUCUUAUUAAUGUCAUUGGAGCUUAUUUCAUGUACUGGCUUUUUCGAGUUCCAAAAAGUUUUGGUAAGAAAAAAGAAUGA